CAGGCGAGGCGCGGCCGCGGAGCUGCGCCGCUGCGGGCCGCGGCUAUGCCCAAGCGGGGCUGCCCCUUCGCGGACGCGGCCCCGCUGCAGCUCAAGGUGCGUGUGGGCCGGAGGGAGCUGAGUCGCGGCGUGUGCGCCGAGCGCCUCACGCGGGAGAUCUUCGAAAAGACCACGCAGCUCCUCUUCCGCGGGGCCCAGGCCUGCAUGGACCCCGCGUGGGAGGAAGCCUGCGCCAUCGUCCAUACCCCGGAGUCCCCGAAGCCUGGCCCCACAGAAGCCCCUCGGGCCGCACGUGGGCAGAUGCUGAUCGGGCCCGACGGCCGACUGACCAGGAGUCGAGCCCAGGCCUCCGAAGCUGACCCAGCCAUGGCGGCAUCGGGAGCCUGCUCGUCGUGCGUGCGGGCUGUGGACGGGAAGGCGGCGUGCGGCCAGUGCGAGCGGGCCCUGUGCGGGCGCUGCGUGCGCACCUGCUGCGGCUGUGGGGCAGUGGCCUGCGCCCUGUGUGCCCUCGUGGACCCCGCCUCCAGAUAAAGUCGAGGGACCAGGUGGGGUCGGCAGCUCCCGUGGAACUCAGCCCUAAUGCCAGCUCCUCUCCCCCAACCUCGCGGUGUCGCAGCUGCAGUGACCUCC